AUGCCUCGUUAUGCCCCGGAAGAGCUGGCAGCCGAUGCCGUCCCGGUGGUUCGGCAGGAGACUACUGGCGAUGCGGAACUAGACUGGCGACCUCUCUUUCGUCAUGAGUGCACCUUCAGCCCAGUCAUUUUUCAAGAUGUCAUGCUCAACUUGAUCAAGAACCCAAACAUCAACUCAUCCUGGCUCUUCCGUGCUGAUAUUCUCCAUGACUCAAAGAAGAAGGAGACCCCUCCGUCUGACCUGGGAGACGUACCCGGCAUCCCAUCUUUCGACGGCUUUGGGCUUAGCCGAUAUAUGAUCCGCCGGCUUAUUCCUCGGAGCACCAUGAGGGACGAACCUAUGGAUCAGACAUGUCUCAUUUAUCAGAGUGGGGGUAGUGAUUCCGAGGGCGGACUGCAGAGGCAUCUGGUUGUCUAUCUCCCUCACGUCUCCUCAGAGGCCGAGAUGCCGUUCUAUCACCCUACAGUCCGGGGUAUAGCCUUUCAUCACGAGUGGUCUCCCACAGAGAUGCGCGGAUCUGUAUCUCUCUCUUAUCUCUAUUUCGAAGGGGGCGAGCGUCCCGACAAACUCACGAGAACCGCCCUUCACUUGCUUCAAGCCUUAUAUAAACAUGGACAGGGCAGAGCUGACGGUUAUCAGAAACGGGUGCACCAUGAUCUCCUAGUCCCGCAGGCCCGUGUGCAAAACACAUAUACGGCUCUAAAGCAGAAAUAUGCCCGCACUCUGAUAGAGGCAUGGGCCGAAACUACCGAUCCUACCAAGCAUGUCUUUGAAGACCUCUGCAUCGCUGCCUUUCUCAUCGAGCUGUGGUCCGACAUGUACAAACAAUGUCCUUUCCCUGGGUUCGUUGAUAUCGGCUGUGGUAACGGCCUCUUGGUUUAUAUAUUGAAUCUGGAAGGAUUCAAGGGCUGGGGCUUCGACGCCAGGUCACGCAGAUCAUGGGCGACGUACACCACCCGUUUAGAAACCCCUACAGGCGUUCAGGAAUCCUUACAGCAGCUAGUCUUGCUACCGCCGCCUGUGAGCAGGGAUGGAAUUGCGGAGAUCUCAAGUGAGGAUUUCCGGGAAGGCCUCGUCCAUGACGGCCGGUUUCCCAAGGGCACCUUCAUCAUCUCCAAUCAUGCUGAUGAGCUGACGCCCUGGACACCCAUUUUGGCCGCCAUAUCAGAUUGUCCCUUUAUCAUGAUCCCUUGCUGCAGUCACGACCUGACAGGAGCGAGGUUUCGUGCACCAGUACCCAAAGACAAGAAAAAGGCCCACUCGGCGUACUCUUCCCUCUGCUCAUGGGUUACCCAGAUCACCACGGAUUGCGGUUGGGUGGCCGAGCAAGAGAUGCUGAGAAUCCCUAGUACGCGCAAUACGGCGAUAGUUGGGCGCAAGCGGCACGGCGACAUAUCGGCCAUUGAUGUUGGGGUCAUUGUGAAUCGAUACGGUGGCACUGCUGGCUACCUAGAGACGGUAGUGAAGCUGGUGAAGUCCACCAAUAUGGACGAGAAGCACUGA